AACCAACAAAACGUUUAAUCUCAAGCCUAUUAUUAUUCGUAGUCGUUAACAUGAAGUAUUGCACUCACCACUACCACACAGCAAAAACACAGAGUGAGAGAGAAUUACAGUAAAAUGGAAGACGUAGCGUUAGCGGCUGGUGAAUGUAUUCUGAAAUUACUUUGGGAAACCGUCAAAAGGCUGAAAGAUCUCCCAGACGAUGUUCGCGAGAUUCGAGAUGAACUUGACAAGUUGAAAAACUUCAUCGAUUUGGAGGAUAAAGAGGCUGAUGGUGAAAAUGAUGGCACUAAGCGUAAUAAAAAGAAGCAAGAUUUGAUGCAGCUGAGAAAAGCAACCUUUCUCACGGAAGAUGUGAUUGACGAGUAUUUGAUACGUAUUGAAGAAAAGCAACCUCAAGAUGAUCGUGGAUGGGCAGCGUUCCACAUCCAAACUCUCAUCCCUCGAUUUAAAAUAUCAUUUAAGAUUGAGAGUAACUUAUCAGUUGUUCGUAGGACAAACGAGCGUUUCAGAAAUAAUCGUCCACAAUCAACACAAAACAACAACAAUGUCACAUUUCAUCAAUGUCGAAUGGAUCCUCUCUUUAUGGAGGAACAGGAGGUUGUUGGACUUGCUGGACCUACAGAAAUAUUGAAAGAUUGGUUAAAAAAUGGACAACGAGAACGCACUGUGAUUUUUGUUGUGGGUGUUCCAGGAGUUGGAAAAACCACUCUUGCCAAGCAUGUUUUUAACAAGGUCUGUGGCGACUUUGAGCACCAUGCACGCUUCACAGUGUCUCAGUCCAACACUGUAGAAGAACUUUGGCGGGUUAUGUACAAGCAUUACAUGAAAAGCGAGCCACCUUCCGAUAAUUCUAUUUUGAUAGAAGAAGUCAGAGGUUACUUGCGUGGGAAGAGGUAUGUUCUCUUAUUUGAUGACGUAUGGGAAGACGAAUUUUGGAAAAGCAUUGAAAAGGCUUUGAUUGAUAAUAAAAAUAAAAGUAGGAUAAUAAUCACAACAAGGAAAGAGAAUGUUGCCAACUCUUGUAGGAAUUCUCCUUUUUUUAAAGAAUACAAGCUUGAAGAACCUUUAACUGAAGAAGAAUGUUUGAGAUUGCUCCAUAAGAACGCACGUUAUAGUUCUGAUUGUCCAGAAGAACUUAAAGAUAUAUCUCUUGAAAUUGUUAGGAAGUGUAGAGCUUUACCUCUGGCAAUUGCGGUCGCUGGAGGAGUCUUGAAAGAAAAAGAUGGAAGUGCACAUGAGUGGGGACUGUUCAGUGAAGAGUUGAAGAGGAAUCCUGACUUAAAUAUUAUAACAAAAAUUGUAGGUUUAAGUUAUGAUAAUUUGCCUAGCCAUCUCAGGUUAUGUUUAUUGUAUUUCGGAAUGUAUCCGAAAGAUUAUGAAAUUAAAUAUGGGAGACUGGUUAGGCAAUGGGUUGCUGAAGGAUUUGUUACCGAUGAAGGCAGAAAAACUUUAGAAGAAGUUGCACAUGGAUAUUUAUUAUACUUGGUCGAGAGAAGUUUGGUGCAAGUGACAUCAUAUCCCAGGAAAGAAAAAGUGAAAAAAUGUCGUGUUACUGACUCAAUACACGAUAUGAUCCUUACAAAAGUGAAGGAUACAUGUUUUGGCGAGUAUAUUGGCGGAGGGCAUGAUCAAUCUGAGUCAAGUGAUUUGGUUCGACGUCUGACAAUUGAAACCAACAAUGAUUUAAAUAGACGUUUUAAAAGAUCACACAUUCGGUCAAUUAUAAGCAUUCCAGGAAAACAAGAAGAAUCAUGGUCUGUCGAUUUGGAAAGGAAUAUUCUUAAAGAUGACAUGCCAUUGAAGGUACUUGAUUUUGAGGGUUGUGGAUUAUUUUGUGUUCCUAAAAAGUUGGGGAAUUUAAUCUACCUGAGGUAUUUAAGCUUUAGGGGGACGCAGAUAACAGUUCUUCCAAAAUCCAUAGGUAAGCUCGUGAACUUGAAGACCUUGGAUAUACGACAAACGCAAGUGCUUGUGUUGCCGAAGGAGAUCACAAAGCUUAGAAAGUUACGGCAUCUUCUGACACCUAGCUCUGCAUUUUCUUCAAUUGAAUGGAAGGAUAUUGGAGGCAUGACAAUGCUGCAAAAGAUACCACAAGUGCGUAUGGAGGAUGAUGGAGAGGCCAUUAAAGAGGUAGGGAAGUUAAAGCAGUUAAGAAAUCUGAGGGUACUUUGUUUCGGCGGAGAGCACAUUACUUUACUUUUCUCCUCAAUCAAUGAGAUGGAACACUUGCAAGCACUACGCAUUGAAAAAUCUGGUGAUCGCAGUGUAGUUGACUUGAACACUACGUUACCUAGGUUUCCUUGGUCUAAACUUAGGAAGCUUUUCCUUGAUAUGAAGUUAGAAAGGUUACCAAAUUGGAUUCCACAACUCAAGAAUCUUGAGAGAUUGACCUUGCGCCACUCUGACUUAACCAAUGAUCCCUUGGAAUCACUAAAAGAUAUGCCUUGUUUGUUGGUUCUCUCUUUAUCCCACGCUUAUGAAGGUCAAACUUUGCAUUUUCAACCUGGAGGGUUCAAGAAACUACGAAUGCUAAAUCUACAACAUCUUUGGAACUUGAAUUCGAUCCUUAUUGCUGAGACAGCUCUGCAGGCUCUGGAAGAUUUUGAGUUGACAUGCCUCGAUGAUCUCAGAACUGUCCCCGAUGGCAUUCAACAUCUGAUGAAACUUAAAUCUGUUCGUGUCCCUUAUAUGCCAACUCAAUUUGUUGAGGAAAUUGUUCGCAUUGGUAAAGACAAGCCCUGGAGAAUCAAUUAUGGCUAUAUGUGAUUCGCAGGAAGCUGUAACCGAAGAUUCUCUCAGUACUUCUCUGCAACCCUUGAAACGGUGGAUCUGGAUUUGAUGCAUAGUGCAAGGCCCCUUAUUUUUAUCAUGAUGUUUUCUAAGCUUCCUUUUCCAAAAUAAGUAUCUAAAUUUUAGUUUGAGGCUGAAGAAUCCUACCUGCAACUUGAUGUUAUAUGUAAUUGAAGUUUAUUUCUUUGAUCGCUUUUCUGUUGAGAUAAAUUUACAUUUAAGAAUUAUUCAACAAUUAUGUUUUUGGAUAUUAGUGAU